AUGCAGAUCUUCGUGAAGACCCUGACCGGCAAGACCAUCACCCUCGAGGUCGAGUCGAGCGACACGAUCGAGAACGUCAAGCAGAAGAUUCAGGACAAGGAGGGUAUUCCUCCCGAUCAGCAGCGUCUCAUCUUCGCCGGCAAGCAGCUCGAGGACGGCCGCACGCUCGCCGACUACAACAUCCAGAAGGAGUCGACUCUCCACCUCGUGCUCCGCCUCCGUGGUGGUAUGCAGAUCUUCGUCAAGACUCUGACCGGCAAGACCAUCACCCUCGAGGUCGAGAGCUCGGACACCAUCGAAAACGUGAAGCAGAAGAUCCAGGACAAGGAGGGUAUCCCCCCUGACCAGCAGCGUCUCAUCUUCGCUGGCAAGCAGCUCGAGGACGGCCGCACGCUCGCCGACUACAACAUCCAGAAGGAGUCGACUCUCCACCUCGUUCUUCGUCUCCGUGGUGGUAUGCAGAUCUUCGUCAAGACGCUGACCGGCAAGACUAUCACCCUCGAGGUAGAGUCCAGCGACACGAUCGAGAACGUCAAGCAGAAGAUUCAGGACAAAGAGGGUAUUCCUCCCGACCAGCAGCGCCUCAUCUUCGCCGGAAAGCAGCUCGAGGACGGCCGUACCCUGGCUGACUACAACAUCCAGAAGGAGUCCACGCUCCACCUCGUCCUCCGUCUCCGUGGUGGCAACUAA